CGAUACCAUUAUGGUAAAAACGUGUAAAUUAUUUCUUUUUCACAAAUUUUUGCGAUAAUAAAACCAUUUGACUGAGUGUCGGAUGAAUAAAGCGAUUUUUUUCUGGGAAUUGUGAUAUAUCUGAAAACGAACAUUUAUCGAAAAAAUUAGAUAAUAAUUUUAAUUAAAUAUGAAAAUGAGUUCACGAGGACACAAUAAUCUCAUCUUUAUAGAUGAUUCAGGAAAAUGCGUUAAUAAAACCGACUCACUUGUAAGCAUAGAUCUCACUGGAAAGCGCAAAAAAGAAGAGGAUUAUGAUCCAUAUUUACAUCGGACAGUGGAACAUCCACUAUCAGACACAGAAACUCUCAUACAUUUGCUGAAAAGUUCAUUGGGCACCGGUAUUUUAGCAAUGCCACAAGCGAUCUCUCAUGCUGGAUGGCUGUUGGGCUCAAUUGGCACGGUGGUGAUUGGAUUGAUAUGUGUUUAUUCAAUGCAAAUCUUAUUGAAAUCACACUAUGAACUGUGCAAACGGCGAAAAAUGCCAAGCAUGGACUAUCCAAAUAUUUGCAAAUAUGCAUUCCUCGAAGGACCACAAUGGCUUCAUAAAUACUCGUCAUGUAUUGUUCACAUAACAAACGGAUUUCUUUGGACAUACCAAAUUGGCUCCUGUUGUAUUUACUUUGUAUUUAUAGCGAAAAAUAUAGAAUCAAUUGUCAAUUACUUUACGGAAACGAGCUACCAUGUUCGAAUGUACAUGUUGAUGAUUUUAUUGCCAAUCAUUCUUCUCAAUUGGGUUAGAAAUUUAAAAUACCUUGCCCCAUUUUCAACAAUCGCCAACAUUUUUACAGUUAUAUCAUUCGGAAUAAUUUUCUACUUCAUUUUCCGCGAGCCAAUUAUUUUGGAAGGUCGAGAAGCGGUCGGUUCAUUAAGCAAUAUUCCACUUUUCAUUGGUACAGUUCUUUUUUCACUGGAAUCAGUCGGCGUUGUAAGUUAUACACUUUUGAACAUUUCUGACUAG